UCAUACCAAGAAGGCACAGGCACCACGACAAGAAGCAGUUCAGAAAUUCCACGCUUCUGCGGAUCAAUCUAUAGAUUCAUCUCAGCACAACUCUGAAGAGGUGUUCUACACACCUCCCAGUACACCUACAUCUUCCUCGUCCCCUGUUGACCUUUCCCCUCCAGCCUCUCGCUCGCAAACCCCAGCUCACUCCCCACAUUCGACACCCCCUCACUCUGCUGCAUCGUCUGCUGCAUCUUUAGGGUCUGAUAAUCCCCAAGAUAUCUCUGUUUCAACAACUUCCUUGACCGAAUUUUCUCUGAACACCACUGUCACCAUGAUUCCCGUCAAGAACGAGCCGGGGCGUCAUAAACGUAUUCCAAACCAUCGUAAGCUAACUUAUACGGACCGAGAUUGGGCCAAAGACGUUCGGUGGCUUGACACCCCACAACAUAACAGAACUAGAGGCAAGGCUACCAGACGCAAUACUUCGCCGAGCAGCGUUUCAAAUGCAGCAUCACGCUCGGCUUCAUCUUUACCGAGUACUAUUUCCUCACAUACAUCACAGAUGUCUAUGACACACCUGCCUUCUCAGCCGCAUGACCUUUCCAAAGUUGAACCUCCAUCUCCUCUUGGACGUAAGCCAAAAGGUCAUGGGCACAUGAAAUCAAAAGCGAUGCGUGCGAUGGUUGGCAUGUCGGUUCUACUUGAGGUGGAGGAGGACGCUGACCUGUCUGGUAAUCCUGGUGGAGUGGAUAGAAGUAUGUCUCGCAGGCGCUCGCAGUCUUUGACAUAUACCCCAACACAUACUCUUCAACCACCAAAACCGUCACAACAGGAGCCAUCUGCGACUUCAUCGCAGCCAACACCAAGGUUGACCAGACGUCGUAGUUCGUCUUCUCCUUCGUUUGCUCCACCAUCGCGGUCGUCAUCAACGUGCUUACACUCUCGUGCAACUGGCGUAACUUCACAAACAGGCGUAUCUGGUGCGUCUGCAUCAGCUGUCAGCGUUGCGUCUCGCCCAAUGAGCAGCUCUUCUCACGCAAGUUCCUCAACCACGAAAUCUCCUUAUACAUCAGCGCCAUUCAAUGCCCUGGACGCCCUUGCCGCGCACGCAUCAUCCUCACGCGAGGCAGAUGCUCUUCCAUCAAGUGGUACGCGUGGAUUCACCAGCCUUGUUCUUCCUCGUGCAGCCACAUCUCCGGCCCCCUCUGGAUCGAAAUCCGGUGUUGGUUCUUGGCGCCCCUGGAAAUCAGGUAGAAGGGCAACAGCCGCAGAAAGUUUGGGCGCGGGACUCGGAUUUGGAGAUGACGUCGAUCUUACACGAGCUGGACUCGCCCAAACGACGAUGGCUAGCGUAGAGAUUGUUCGUGGAAUCGCGUCUGGUGAUGUCAAAUGCCAGGAGUCGAAGUCUCGUGGGCCGUUGUUUGGCUUGGGAUGGCUUUCAAAGGAUAAUACAAAGCGGGUGAAGGGCCAAUCUCGACAGGUCACUGCAGAGAGUCCACUCGGUUUCACAGCCUAUCGAAAACCUCCGGUUUAUGUUGGCGGAAGUUCAGUGCUAGUGCAAGUAUGGGCCGUGGGGCUGGACGACGUGGAUGCUCGUCUUGUGGGUGUGCAUCCGCUGCCAUCGAAGCAACCAUCUCCAGGGACUCCUCAGAGAGCCGACGAGAAAAGCGAUGGGAAACGGCACGUUCCAUUGGGUUAUAUUCCAGGACGAUCUUUCGUUGGGCGUGUCCUCGAAGUUGGAUGGGAUGUUGAUGAACACACUAUCAAGAAGGGAGAGUGGGUCAUCGGUCUCAACAGCGUGCAGAAGUGCGGUGCUUUGGCUGAAUUCAUUCUCGUUGACCGACAUCGCAUUUAUCGCGUGCCACAUCCUUACAUGCCCGAUCAGCCAUCUCUGGCUCUCGCUUCGUUGAGCGAGGCUGCCGAGGAUGGCGAAGGGGGGCAGCGCAAUUCGCUCGUAUUUCCUUAUGUAGAUGAACCCAAGGGUUUCACAGUGGACGAGCUCGCUCUGCUCCCGCUUUCAGGCGUUCCUGCUUAUCGCGCUGUGCGCACAUUGACGCACAUCACGCGCGCAUUAGUAAAGCCCGACGCAGCUGCAGGGCGGCCACGCGGAAACGGAGGUAGUCGCGAGGUGACCAGCGACACUAACAAAGAGGAUGUUGACAUCGUGCGUUCCGUUAAACAUGGUUCAGCAGAAAAGCGGCUCGACGCGACGCGUCCUCGCAUAUUGAUUUUACGUGGACACGACGGAUCUGGUGCGCUAGCCCUCCAAAUGCUUGUUCGUGCUGGAUGGUCCGUCUGGGUUCAUGUCCCUGUGCCAUUCGACCUUCCAGGUCUUCCUGACAAAUUCGAAGAGGAUCUUCGGGACGAAGAGAAGAAGCGUACGUUGGCAAAACGACGAGUUAUGCUGGAACGGAUUGAAAAACGGCUUCGUGCGUGGGGCGCAGACGAAGUUUUGUUUGUUCCCAUCGAGUCAAGUUCCACAUCCGCGCCAACUCCGCGAGACGACCGUUCUUCAUCGCCGUCUCUGCAUGAUCCACAGUCUUCUUCUUCCAGUCAUUCGCGGAACAUAUCUCCCUCACCAUUUUCACCCUCGUCGACGUCGUCGACAUCGACAUCGCCAUCGCCAUACCCACCCUCCACACGCGGUCAUAUUUCCUCCACAUCUCACCCUCAUUGCGCACUCCCUGCUCCAUAUUCCUAUACUGGACUUCCUCUCACUGCAUAUCAGACUGAAAAAGCCUCGGCGACUGCACUUUUCACCUACCUGGCGCACACGCGCAUUCAUUUUGAUGCAGUCAUCGAUACAAUUGGAGGUUGUGAGGUUUGGGAGGCCGGGCGGGCAUUACUCAGCCUUCCAGUUCACGAUGCCGCGCGAGCCAGCAUCGAAGGCCAGUUUACCACACUGGUAGGCGACGCACCCGACCGUGUAGUGUCUACGGCAAGCGAUCAUUUCCGCGCGGGCGUGCGAGCGCUCCGGAUCGGAAACCACAAAGGCACCUCGAAAGUCCACGAUGACGCCGAGUUCUCUCGGGCAACCGGCAGGCUUGCCAGGGGCAAGAAGGACAGAAAGAUGAAGCCUCGGCUGGUGAACUACGCGUGGGUGAACGUCAUGUCUGACGUGGAUUGGGAGGGUGCGGAUGUACGGGACUCGUUGGGCGCAGCGCUGGCGAUGGCGGUGGGGGAAGGCGUGCGGCCCGCUGUCGGUCUUGUUGACUUUCCGGAUAUGUCGAAAAAGGGCAAAGGGAAAAUGAAAGCCGUGGGUAGUGGUGGUGACGGGGAUACGCUAGGGAAAGUCGUCCCGUUCGAGAAUACGCCCCAAGUUUUCGUCCCUGGAGGUGGGCUGGAACAUGGAGGGACGGUGGUUUCCAGAAUAGCUGGGUAAUCUCAGGAUGCUUGCGGUCUGAGGCAUGAUCCGGACGAACCAAUAGUCCUGGAGCCUUCCGAAUUCGAGGAGUGGUGAUGCCCACGAACGCGGUAUCAUAAUAACCGAAUUAUAGUAAGUCACAUAUACUGUACUGCACAUCUAUAUUAGUAUAUAUCUAUCUGUCAUUCAGGGGUUUCCAAAGCGCUACGCCCAGUGGAUUGAGCGUGACGGCAGGGUUACUUGUUGGAAAUGGCCCACUACUAUGCUAGGGACAUCAUACACCCAUAUGGAGAUUAGAUAGGUCGUAUAUGUAUUUCGCCAACUAUGGUAGGCGU